AGCGAUAUCUAUACUAAAAAGCUGCCUUAUAAGAAGGACCCAUGAUUGUAUCAACUGCACAAGAAAACGAGAAAAAAGUAUACACAAAAUGAAGUUUAUUCAGGGCCUGUUCAUUGUUCUGGUUUUAUUGAAAUGGUGCAGAGCUUUGGAAAGUGAAAAGGAGGAAGAGAAAUGGAGUAUGGUGCAAAUAAAAGGCACCCAGUUCGUUUUGGAUGGGUCACCAUUUUAUGUGAAUGGAUUCAAUACAUAUUGGUUGAUGGUGUUUUCAGUGGACCAAUCCACUAGGCCCAAGGUCACAACCCUGCUUGAGGAGGCUGCUUCUGCAGGACUUACUGUGGGACGCACUUGGGCUUUCAAUGAUGGAGGUUGGAGAGCUCUUCAGAAAUCCCCAGGCGUUUAUGAUGAGGAGGUUUUCAAGGCUUUGGACUUUGUUGUAAGUGAAGCCAAGAAGAAUAAAAUUAGGUUGAUUUUGAGCCUGGCGAACAACUGGGAAGCCUACGGAGGGAAAGCACAAUAUGUGAAGUGGGGGAAGGAUGCUGGUUUAAGCCUCAACUCCAGCGAUGAUUUCUUCUCGAAUCCAACGCUCAAGGACUAUUUCAAAGCACAUAUUAAGACCGUGUUAAACAGGGUAAAUACAUUGACAAACGUGACAUACAAGGAAGAUCCCACCAUCUUUGCAUGGGAACUAAUGAACGAACCGCGGUGUCAGUCUGAUCCAUCUGGAAACAAAUUGCAGGCCUGGAUCGAAGAAAUGGCUUUAUAUGUAAAAUCGGUGGAUUCAAAACAUAUGCUAGAGAUAGGAAUGGAAGGGUUUUAUGGGCUCUCAGCUCCAGACAGAUUACAAUUCAAUCCAUAUAGUACUACUCAAGAUGAGGGUACAGACUUCAUCAGAAAUCACCAGGCCUUUGGCAUUGAUUUUGCCUCUGUUCAUAUCUACACAGUGGGCUGGAUUGACCAAUACAUUAUUCCAAAACACCUGCCAUUUGUGAAGAGCUGGAUAUAUGCUCACAUUGAAGAUGCAGAAAAGACUCUCAACAUGCCUGUACUUUUUGCUGAGUUUGGAGUAUCUGAGAGAUAUGGAGGAUACAACAUCAGCUACAGAGACACAUUUAUGCAGACUGUGUAUGACGGCAUAUUAAAUUCCAUAAAGAGUGGGGGAGCUGGAGCAGGUACAUUAUUGUGGCAGCUGUUUCCUGAAGACACAGAAUAUAUGAAUGAUGGAUUUGCUAUUGUGCUUUCCAAAGCUCCUUCCACAGCUAAGCUUAUAUCUUUGCAGUCAACGAGAUUGGCUACUUUUAACAGCAUCUGCAAUUGGAAUUGCCGAUGGGGAUGCCAUUCUCAUCAUCAAUCUACUCCUCCAACCUGCGAUUCUGAAUUUGACAGAGAUAUCAGCUUAGGAGAGCUUUGAUAUGUCUGCAGCUUCUAUACCAGACCAUAAAUGCUCAUGAAUAAGGUUGUGUUUAUGUCGAUUUGACAAAGAAAGUUAUGUUCUCUAUGGCUAAACUCUUAUACCAUGGAAGAGUUUAUAUAAUUGGCGAGUUGUGAUGUUUAAUUCAAAUAGUUAAAGGAUAUAUUUUACAAUUUGUAUGUUGUUCAUCGUAAAUUUGAGUUGUAUGCUAAAUGUACAACAAAACUUUUGAACAAUUGAUACAUUGUAUUGUACUAGUUUGGUAUAUGAGAGAUUACAAUGUAUUUGUUUCUAAUUGUUUACAUGUCAAACAUUUUAAAUAUAUUGUAAUUUAUUAUAUAAA